AUGCAUGGUUACCGCUCUCAGAACUGGAGCCCUCCUCAGGCUUCGCCCAUCCAGUCGCCUGUGCUCCAGCAGGAUCCCCGACAGUCACAGUACUAUCAGCACCAGGCCUAUGCCUACCAGCCCAUGAUGCAGCCUGGACCCCUCCUUGGUCAGUACCAGCCCCAACCCUACCAGCAGCCUCCCAUGCAUAUGCAGCAGCCCAUGCCACAGCAGUUGGGAGGAGAGGAACAAGUUGACACCAUCCCGACCGCCAUUGUCAUCAAGAACAUUCCAUUCUCAGUUAAGCGCGACUCUCUCCUGGCGAUCCUCGACAACCUCGACAUCCCCAAGCCCUAUGCUUUCAACUACCACUUUGACAAUGGCAUCUUCCGCGGUCUUGCCUUUGCCAACUACCGCACAGCAGAGGAGGCCGACAUGGUUUUCCAGUCUGUCAAUGGAUUCGAGGUCUCGGGACGCAAGUUGAGGGUCGAGUACAAGAAGGUGAUGCCUGCGGCCGAACAGGAGAAGAGAGAUCAGGAAAAGGCCGCUGCCGCCGCCUUGGCUGCCCAGGACGCCCUCCAACGCCGGGAGAUGGAGAUUAUGGAGGCCCAACUGUUGGAGCAGCAGCAGCAACAACAGGAGCGUCAGGAGCGUCAGCGCGAGCUGAUGGAGUUGCAGAGCCGUGAGUUUGACCGCACUCGCAACCGUGCCUCUGCCGCCUUCCUGGAGCGACGCGAUUCAGGACGCAGUCUGUUGGAUCGGGACGAGUCUGUCGCAAACUUGAACCAGCUGGAUCUGAAUGACGGAGAGACACUUGCGUUUUAUGACCGCCUGCUCAUGUUCCGAGGCGAUGCCACCAAAGACGACAUGAUCUUCCCCGAGAACCUGAGUGCCCGUCAGCGCAGGAUCCUGCACUUGAUCGCAGACAAGCUGUCUCUGCACCACUAUACCGAGGGCGAGGGCAACCUUCGCCGCCUCAUCAUCAUGAAGAGUGCCCCUCCAGCUUCUGUCCUCGACUCUGCCGCCCCCAUUCCCGGCACCCCCGGCACCCCUACUAAGCAACGGCCAAUGUCGUUUGCCGGAAGAGGUUCUCUCCGCUCGGAGAGCCCUAUUUACAAGUCCAGAAGCCCACUCCCCGACCUCCCUACUACGACUGGUGCUUCAGCAAUCUAUACCACAACAACCGCGUCUUCGACCACAGGGUCCAACUAUAACCCAUCAACGACCCGGUCGACAGGCUCGAUCUCGCCCACACGGUCGUUGUACCGCAAGUCGAUGGUAUUCGAUGCCGCCGGAGGUAUCAACGGAGUUGCCGGCGGUAACUUGAUAUACCCGAUCCGUCAGCCCAAGGGCCCUGAACCCGGAAAGAUGUUUACUAUCCGUGAUCAGAAGCAGUUGCGCGACGCUACCAUGAUCAAGCCUGCCUUUUUCUAG